AGCCAAAUCUGCCCAUCCGACAAUCCUUUUAAGCGAAGCUAUGUUCGUAUAAAGACCUUCGAUGGAAAAUACUGGCAUGCCAUACCUUCGGACAGUCUUUCAGGAAGUUGUUAUACCGACAAUUCUUUGUGUGUUAAAACGAGAUGCUGUGGUAGCAAGCCUUCUGUUGGCCAAAGGGACAUUACUGAACCUGGUAGACGAACCAUAUUUAAAGUUCACUGCGAACGUAAUAUGUGGUACAAAGGAAAGGGAGGUCAUGUGGUGAUGUUCGAAUUGCUCAACUAUGACGUAAGAACGUUUACAGCUUAUACCCUAGCAGUGCAUUCCUGUCACUUCACUUUUCACUAAAUAAAACCUUUAUGCCCUAAUAUCCACAAGCAAAUCCUCCAGACUGAUCUCAAUACAUUUCCUUAAAGAAUUGGUUGGGAGAAUUUGAUUAAAGGUCAAAGCAUUUUGGUAUUGUUAUACGAAAUUGAUGUUUGUCACUCUCGGGACUUAAAGGAUUAAUAGUGGAGCUCCAAGCGCGCAAAGAAAAUUUGGUAAUCCAUGAUUAUCCAUCCAUCCCAGAAAUUUUGGUAAUCACGUGACCAUACUCCCGACCGACCGUCCGUCCGUCCGCACCACAGCCACACCAAUGUAAAGUAACUCAAUUAAAAGGUAGCCACAGGCAACUCGAGGUGUUGGAGCGGAAAAUCGCCACCCGGACUCUUAGAGAGAAAAAACAACAACAAAGUCGAGUCUUUUUCGACGAAUUUCGUCGGAAGAAAACAUGAAAAUUUCAAAGCCGUUUCAAAAGCCAAACAUUUCAAGUCAGAUUUAUAACUACAGAACAAGAUCUGUCUCUAGCGACUCGUUUUAUGUUAAUUAAGUUCUCUAGAACCGAUAAAAUGUAUGCCUUUUUCACGAGAAACGGUGCCCAAAUUUGGAACUAUAUUCCUUAUUCGAUGAAAAUACUUAAAUGUUCCUCCUUUCGUAAAAAAAUAAAGGAAUUAUUACUAUUUCUUGCGGUCAGAAGAUGAUUAUGUCGAAGUCUCCCGUCUAAUUAAGUUAUUUAAUACUUUAGGUUAGCCUCUCUUCGUAACCGUUAUGUACUUGCCUUGUUUUAUGUUAGUUUAUUUUAUUUACUGUAUAGUAGUGUCUUUACUGUUAUUUAGUCCAUUUAUAGAUAAACCUUGUACUUGUAAUAUGUCUUCAGUUCCUCCCGCCUCGAUUAGUUUAUAAGCUAUUUUUUAAAAAAAAAAAAAAAGCGGCGGUGAGAAAAUAAGAAAUGCUAGCGGCCAGCCAAGUGAAAAUGAGCGACAAAAAAAUAAAAGAGAACGGGAACACAAUGCAAGCAACAACAUUUUGGGUGAGCACAUACGACAAUUCCCCCAAAAAAGAAUAAUGUGUAUCUAGGAAGUGUAUAUAGUGCCGGAAAGGCGUGAUAAUCUUGUAGCGAGUUUUAGAUCGUGAGUUUAGGAUUUGCAACUAGGUUGUACAAUCACUGCAUUUGUUCCUAAGAUACGAAACCUUCCUUAUCAUUGUUUCUCUUCACCCAGUCUAGGGUCGGAGUGUAGCAAAACUCCAUACUUUCAAGUAAAUCUUUAGAAAGAACCUGGGAUAAAAUUACAAUGUGUGGAUGAGUGCGUUUUCAUCGCUUGUUUUAGCUCGGAAGUAGAAUUUUAUUGAUUUCGCUUUUAAAAUUACAUUUUAAAGUCCAAGAAUAGUUUUCAAUGGUCUAUAACGUUAUGAAAACAUAAAAAAAUCUUGAUAUUCUUCAUUUAACAUAGGACAACGGGCGCUCAAAAUACUAUUUGUGUAACGCAGACGACGUGUCCGAAGUAUUCCCAAAGCAUUUUGCAACUCAAGAUAUUAACAACAAUUUUGGCCAGUGUAUGUGGAUUCUUCAUCAGUAUCGAGGAUCGGUUGUGGGUCUGGAACCGUUAGUCGUUUGGAAAUGGACGAGUUUUGACGACAAUGGCUAUGGCCUCGUGAGGCACGGACUGUAUAAAAGUGGCUUUCUUUGGUCCGAGACAGACACGGGUGUUAAAGUGGAGGAUCGCCCCACGCCCUACUUUGAUGACACUUAUACCCUGGAAAUGGGUAAGUUGAUGAUAUGA